AAUUUUUGUUGUAUUGUUUCAACAUAAAUUAUCAUCUUAUUGUAAUAUCAAUAAAUAUUUCAAGUGUAAAGGACGGAACUGUGAAAUCAACUCCCAGAACUAAUUCGAAGGAAAUGGAUAUUUUAAGUGCACAGUUGUAAUAAUAUUGGUUACUGAUCAUGAUAACAAUUAAGAGGCAUUUCAUACAAAAUACUGUGUUCAACGAGAAUUUACGCAGAUAAAUUGGUUUUUGUGAAAGUACAGACACCAUUUAACAAAGUAAUCCCUGAAAUCCCUGAAGAUAUAGCCUGAAAUUAUAAUAAUGUAUUUUGAUUACACCAAAUGAUGGUAACAGAUGUGAGAUGCAUUAUUCUAUGUUACAUUCAUAUCUAUUUGAAGUCUAGCACUUGUAACAUCUAGUUCGCUUUUAGUGUUUAAACAAGCAUUGUCUGGUCGAGAUCAAAGAAUGGACGGACAUAUGUUUGGAAAUGACAGUAUAGGUGACAUGUUGAAUGAAAGUAAGACAGAAAAUACAACCAGUUCACCAGCAAAAGAAGAUUCGUCUUCUGUUUACUAUGAAGACAUAAAUGUAAUGCUAUGGAAAAUAGUUCCGCCAAUUUUGAUAAUUUUCGGAACAACAGGAAACACUUUGACAAUCUUGGUUAAUUUACGCAUGAAAAAGAUAACGUCCACGUCGCUAUAUUUGAUAACUUUGGCAAUAUCAGACACCACAAUUCUUUUAUGUGGACCUUUAAGGAACUGGAUCACGUACAUGUGGGGCAAAGAUAUCCGUAAACUUAGUGACGGUGCGUGUAGAACACAAUUAUAUCUUACAUACGCUAGCGUUCAUUUUUCGUCAUGGCUUCUCGUCGCUGUUACAAUCGAGCGAACAAUAAGCGUAGUUAUUCCACAUAAAGUAAAAUUAAGUUGUACUCGAAAAAAUGCGGGAAUUACUAUUCUGGCCAUUUUUGUCUUUACGUUUGGUGUAGAUGCAGUAAUACCAGUAAUUCAAGGACUGGAGGGGUUCGGUAACAAGGCAUGUGCUCCUACAACUGCAGCAUACCUGAAGUUCCGCGAUGAUGUUUGGCAAUGGAUUGAUCUAUGUAUGGCAUUUGCAGUGCCAUUCUUUUUCUUGGUCACUGGAAACAGUAUAAUGAUAGUAACGCUUUGCAAUUCUCGAAGGAAAAGGAUAGCAAUGAGCGAGUUCAGUAUCCCGGGAGGAAAUACUACCAGCCGCAAAGAUAUAUCAAUUUACGUCUUAAUGAUCGCUCUUUGUUGUAUCUUUCUUCUGACGAUGACACCUGUGGUUGUCUAUCAAAUCUACUCCCCUUAUCGCUUGGAAGAACUUCGAGCUUUGAAAAAAAUUGAUCCUGUAAGGGCAUGGGAAGAAUAUUACCUAUUCCUCCUCCAACAUACGAUCGUCAACCUUGUCACUUACGUAAACGCUGCCAUGAACUUUGUACUGUAUGUAUUUACCGGAACAAAGUUCCGCACAGAGCUCACCAGGCUGUUUUGCUGCAAUCGGACAAACGGGAGAGUUUAUAUGGCUGGAAAAACACCUAAGAAAACAAGUGAAGAAAUAAAAACAAAAACUACCAGCGUCUCUACCACUUCUUCAAGUAAGGAGUGUAUGUCUAAACUCAUUUAAUCAGCAGCAUCCUC